UUGGACGCAAUCCAUUCGCGUCCCCUGUCCAUCAUCACCGAAAACCUUUCCUUUAACCUUGGAUUAAGAAAAUCUAGCUAAGAUGGGUGGUGGAGACUUGAAUAUGAAGAAGUCUUGGCACCCGCUCCUGCUUAAAAAUCAGGAGCGGGUCUGGCUCGAGGAGAAGAAGGCUCUCGAGGAAAAGAAGAAACUUGACCAACUGCGCAAAGAGAAGGAGGAGGAAAGGCAGCUGCAGGAGCUCCAGCGUCUACAAGAAGAGCAAACAGGGAAGAGAAGGACUGAAAAGCUUGAAUGGAUGUAUACGACACCUGCGACAGGGAUAAAUCAGAACCCAAAUGAUCUAGAGGACUACCUGCUGGGUAAAAAGCGGGUUGACAAGAUCUUGACGGCCGAUGAGAACGCGCAGCUUGGCGCCGCUCACAAGAACUUCAUCGCCAUUCAGAAUGCCAACAAUGUUCGAGACAUUGCUGCCAAGAUCCGUGAAGACCCGCUGCUCGCUAUCAAGCAGCAAGAACAGGCUGCAUACCAAGCACUCAUGUCCAAUCCCCUCCGUCUUCGUGAAAUGCAGGAACGCAAUGGUAUCAAACCCAAGAAAGACAAGAAAGAGAAGAAGCGAGAGAAGAAGGAAAAGAAGGAACGGUUAGCCAGGGAACGAGGUGACCGGUCGAGGUCGAGGAGUCCUGUUGAGGAUUACAAGAGAAACGAUCGUCGGCAUGGCUCUGACGAUGAUCGCCACUAUCGGAGACGAAGCAGAAGCCGCUCUCCUGGCUAUCGCAGAGGUCGUGACUCUCUUGACGGUGGCGUUCGAACGUGGCCCCGUUCGGAUGAAUCAGACGACAAUGGUUAUGGGCGGCGUAGAAGCAUCGAGCGCAGUGGCAAACGCACAGAAGAUGAUAGGAAACGCAGACGCAGUCCUAGUCCCCCGCAUCGUAACUCAUAUCCCAAGCGCUCACGCUACAGUCCUCCGAGAUCUGAUUCUCGGCCCGGACCUUCCGUCAAGAGGCAGCCAUCCAAUGCCACGGAAGAUCGUGCCGCAAAAUUGGCCGCCAUGCAGUCGGGUGCCGCGAGCAUGGAAGUGGAACGGCAACAGCGGCUGAUGGCACUGCUUGAGAAAGAGAAGGCUGACCUGGAAGCGGAGGAGCAAGCCCGGUCAAAGUCAAAGGGCAUGGGUGGCUUCUUGGGCCAAGAACAGAAGAAAGUCUUUGGCGGCGUGGGUGGUUUAGAAGACAGGCUCAGACGGGGAAGAGGCGGCCUAGUUGCCGAGGCGGACUGAGAUUUCAUCGUGGUUGGUGUAUGUACUUUUGUCUUGUAAAUUAAACGCUGAAUCGUUGUCACCACACUAUUUGGCUG